UGAGAACAUCGUGCAGUACUUUGGAGCGUCAGUGCAACUUGGUUUGAUCAACAUGGCGACAGCUGAAUUCUUUGUGAAACAAGAGAAGGAAGAGAAUGGAGACAUGGAGACAUCUGAAUUCCUUGUGAAACAAGAGAAGGAAGAGAAUGGGCGUCGACAGCGGUAUUCUCCGCGUACCUACAACUUGUGUGGCGAGUGUGGCAAGGCGUUUAGCUUCCAGAAUAGUCUGAAGCGACACAUGCGGACCCACACUGGUGAGAAACCGUACCGAUGCGAGGAAUGUGGGAAGCAGUUCACUGAGCUGGGUACUCUGAAGAAGCACAUAAGAAGUCACACUGGUGAGAAACCGUACAGAUGUGGGGAGUGCAGCAAGCAGUUUAGUCAGCUGGUAAAUCUAAAGAUACACAUGCGGUCUCAUACGGGUGAGAAACCUUACAAAUGCGGGGAGUGCAGCAGGCAGUUCACUCGGCUGUCAGAUUUAAAGAGGCACAUUAUGACUCACACUAAUGAAAAACCUCACAUUUGCAAAGAGUGCAACAUGCAGUUUAACCAGCAGUCUACUCUUAUAACACACAUGCGGACUCACACUGGUGAGAAACCCUACAUGUGUGAGGAGUGUAGCGGGCAGUUCACCACACGGAGCGGUUUAAAGAGACACGUGCGGACUCACACAGGUGAGAAACCCUACAUGUGUGAGGAGUGUAGCAGGCACUUCAGCUCGCGGAGUGGUUUAAAGAGACACGUGCGGACUCACACAGGUGAGAAACCGUAUAAUUGCGAGGAGUGCGGCAGGCAGUUUAGUCGGUUAUUUACCUUGAAGACACACAUGCGUACUCAUACCGACCGGCCAAUGUCUCAUCGUGCAGUACUUUGGAGCGUCAGUGCAACUUGGCUCGACAUGGCGACAGCUGAAUCCCGUCUGGAACAAGCGGAGGGAGAGAAGGGGCGCGUAGAGCAGGAUUCUCCCUAUCCCCUGCACAAGUGUGGUGAGUGCGGCAAGGUGUUUCGCUUCUUGAGUUACCUGAAGAAACACAUGGUUUCUCACACGGAUUCUCCGCGUCCACACAAGUGUAGCGAGUGCGGCAAGGCGUUUCUCUUCCCGAGUUAUCUGAAGAAGCACAUGAGGUAUCACACGGGCGAGAAACCUUACCGAUGCGGGCAGUGUGGCAGGCAGUUCAGACAACCGGGUACUCUAAGGUCGCACGUGCGGACUCACACAGGGGAGCGCCCGUACAGGUGUGAGGAGUGCAGCAAGUCGUUCGUUAACCUUACAGACUUAAAGGCGCACAUUCGGACUCACACGGGAGAGAAACCGUACAGGUGUGAGGAGUGCGGCAGGUGUUUUGUUGAACUGGGCAAUCUCAAGAGACAUAUCAGAAGUCACGCAGGUGAGAAGCCGUACAGCUGUGAGGAGUGCGGCAAGCAGUUCAGCGCGCGGAGUAAUCUGAGGAGUCACAUGCGGACCCACACAGGGGAGAAACCGUACAGGUGUGAGGAGUGCGGCAAGCAGUUUAGUCAGCUGGAUACUCUGAAAGUUCACAUGCGGACUCACACUGGUGAGAAACCGUACAGAUGUGAAGAGUGUAGUAGGCAGUUCUCUACGCAGAAAAGUCUAAAGAGACACAUGCGGACUCACACUGAUGAGAAACGGUACAGAUGUGAGGAGUGCGGCAAGCAGUUCACUACUCUGUGUCAGUUAGAGUCGCACAUAUGGAACCACUUUCGCCAGAAACAGUCCACAUGUUGAUGGUAUAAUAAAAGCUUUCGUAAUACAUGUACUCUGAUCCAAAGCCUAUCAAUGGCUGUGCAAGGCUUACAUGAUAUGGCAUCAU